AUGAGGAUUCGGGUGCCGGACACCAGCAGCAGCAGCGGCAGCGAGCUCUCGGACGGCGGCGACUCGCCGGUGGCGACGACUCCGGAGGCGUUCACCGACAGCGACAACGACUCGUCCUUCGGGAGCGAAUACGAAGAGGAGGCGGCGGCCACCUGCGGCAGCAACAGUGGGAUGCUGAUGGAGGCCAUGUGUAGAUGGCCCGAGUGCACCGCCGAUAUGGGCAGCAGCCACGAGGGGCACCACCGGCCACAACAACAACAGAAGCAGCUCGAGGCACCCAGACCGCUCAGGAAGGUGCGGUUCACCCUGGGCGGGAGGGAGUCAGCGAAGGCGGCAGCACCGAGUUGCUGGGGAAAGGAGCAGCGCGCCGUCAUCCAGGAGAACGCUCUCCGGAGUCUGGGAAUGCUGCGCCCGGCGGAAAGCGCAGCGCCUUUGGCGCAGCAGCGGCGGCGGUGGCAGCGAAAGCAAAAAUCCAGCAGAAGUAGCAGCGGCAGCGCCACCAGGGCGGCGUCCAAGAACCGCGCCUUGGCGCCGGCGCCGUUCAAGAGCACCAGCGCUAACACCAGCAGCACAGCGGUGGCGCACAAGACGACGACGACGACGACGUCGCCCUUCCCGUCGAUACCGACGCCGGCUUCCCCGAAGAAAAAGCGCAAGGUGUCGACAUGGUCAUCACCGUCGAGUCAUCGCGUAAACGUGCGGACCAGCGGGACCAGCGGGACCGGCGGCGGCGGCGGCGACUCACACCGCCGGCCAACGCGACCGUCGCCUUCGACAGGGAAGGUGGCCGUCGCGAUGGCGGUGGCGGCGGGGAAAAAUGGGAGGGUAACCUCUACCACCACCACCACCUCAGAGCUGACCGUAGAGGCGGCGGCGACGGCGGCGUUGCGGGCGAACGGGGCGUCGUCGGCCCGCUUGGUCCCCUGCGCAACAACAGCGGCGAACUCGGUGAGCGUACCUCCGCCUGCUGCAACCCCGAUGGACUUGUCGUGCACGGAGGACGUGGACAUGGACGCCGCGAUGAAGCCCGGGGGGGAGGGGUGGAGGGCUACGAGGAGGCCGGGGGCUGGAGGAGGCUUGGGGGCUGCCACACCAAGGGCAACUUCCCGGCGUCUUUUUUAG